AUGAACCGAAAGUUCUCUACUGCUGAAAAAGGCAAAGGUAUAGACCAACCUGUGGAACCUACAAGAGCUACAAGGGUUAGGGUUCCUCACUUUGACCCGGCUGAGCUAGUCCAUAACCAUGACUUGAUGCUCAUAGGACGUAUUACCAAUCCAAAAAUCCAGAAGAUGUGGGCGCUGUUACCGUUCUUAGCUGACCAUUGGAAGGUUUCCUCUCGGCCUGUGUGUGCUGACAUGGGACACGAGAGAUUUCAGUAUCAGUUUGCUUGUGAGGAGGACAUACAAUUGAUUAUGGCCAAUAGACCUUACCAUUUUGCUCAUUGGAUGGUCAUCCUCCAGAGAUGGGAGCCCACAGUGGCUUCUCCUUUCCCUUCUCAAAUACCUUUCUGGAUUAAGGUGCAUGGGGUCCCAAGCCACCUCUGGUCCAAUGCUAUGUUGCUGAGCCUGGCAUCCAACAUAGGACAUUUCGAGUCCUCAGAAAUUAUAACCUCAUCAGCUAGGGUGAGAGUGAUGAUUAAUGGCCUUAAACCGCUGAUAAUAUCUUCUACCUUGGAGUUUUCUACUGGGGAUGAAGUGAAGGCUGAGCUGGUAUAUGAGAGAUUGGAAAUACAUUGUUCUUUGUGUCAUAUGCUAGACCAUGACAUCAAAGAAUGUCCAGAGUCAGAGGAGAGACAAUCCCAUAAGUAUAUUGAAAACACACAGAGAGAAGACAAAUGCUGA